CACGAAUCCAUCCCCACACCCCAUCUCAUCUAUCACAAUGGCUGUCGGACGCAGCGCCGCCCUCAAGCUCGACUGGACUAAGCUCGGCACGCAGCUAGGCCUGAAAGGCCAAACUGCCGUUGCCCUUCAAUCCUUCAAGAAGCGCAACGACGAUGCGCGACGCAAAGUCACCCUCCUCUCCGAGCAGGCCCAGACCGUCGACUUCAGCCACUAUCGCAGCAUCCUCAAGAACCAAGCCGUCGUCGACGAUAUCGAGAAGCAGUUCGCUGCCUUCAAGCCCCAGACGUACGAUGUAAACAGGCAGAUCAAGGCCAUUGAGGCGUUUGAGAGCCAGGCGGUUAAGAGUGCCGAGGAGACCAAGGCGGUGGUGGACAAGGAGUUGAGCGAUUUGAACAAGACGUUGAAGAACAUUGAGGAUGCCAGGCCGUUUGCUGAUCUCACUGUGGACGAGGUCGCUGCUGCUCAGCCCGACAUCGACAAGCGCACAGAGCAGCUUGUGUCGAAGGGCCGUUGGGCCGUCCCUGGCUACAAGGAGAAGUUCGGCGAUCUGUCCGUUCUCUAAACGUCUCUUUCUAUGUAGCCAACAUGUACCCGGCCUGGGUUGUAUUACCUACGUAUUGUGAAUAGUUUCGACGGGCUUCAAUGCAUCCUAGACCUUGACCAACCACUAUACCACAAUCUCGCUCUUUUUUAUCUUCAAUCUAUGCUCUUUCGGCUGGCUGUACAGCCAUUGCUCGAGACAUGCCCAUCAUUUACUGACUAGAGCACCCCUUACUUUUACGGCCGUGCGUAUAGAAGAUUAUCAACUAUAUGUACUACUAGGGACCACAUGUUGAAGAUAGCAAGUAGGC